UACUGCACCAUGUUCCUGCUCUGCACUAUAUUAUAUAAAUAUACGAAGCCAACAGUAUGAUCUGAAGAUCCUAGCUAAUAAACGAAGAUGGCUAUGGCAAGAAAAGUAGAGAUCACACAGAGAGAAACAAUUAAACCAUCAUCUCCUACUCCGAUUCAUCUUAAAAUCCUUAACCUCUCCCUUCUUGAACAACUCACUCCGUUUUAUUACAUACCAUUAGUUCUGUUCUACCCUGCAAAUUGUAGUGAAAAAGCUCCGAAGCUAAAGAAAUCAUUGUCGGAAACCCUAACUCACUUUUACCCACUUGCAGGCAGAAUCAAAGGCAAUACAUAUGUGGAGUGCGAGGAUCAAGGAGUUGAUUUUAUUGAAGCAAAAAUUAACUGUCCCCUCUCAGACAUCCUCAAGAACCCUAAUCAGUUAGAUCUGUUUAUGCCUGUGCCUGUGUUUUCUGCUGAAGCCGCUACAGGCGGUUUAUUACUUGUCCAAGCUACUUUCUUUGAUUGCGGCGGCUUGGCAGUUGGGAUCUGCAUCUCACACAAGAUAGCCGACGCAGUGACGCUGAGUAGUUUCAUCAAGUGCUGGUCUGCAUUAACGGCUAACAACUCAGCCGAUGUGGUCAGUCCUGUCUUUGUUGGGGCAUCCAUUUUCCCACCUACAGAGAUCUCAAUUCCGAGUAACCAAGCGAUUCAACCCAUGGAAUCUAAUUGCAUCACUAGCCGAUUUUUGUUUACUCCUUCGAAGAUUGCGGAUUUAAGGGCUAAAAUGGUUGGUACAACCGUCCCAAAUCCGACAAGAGUAGAAGUCGUUUCAGCGCUCUUAUGGAAAACUGCAAUGAGUUCAGCAAGAUCAAAAUUCUGGUAUUCUAGAGCAUCUAUGUUUUCUAUUUCUUUGAACAUGCGUAAUAGAUUGUUGCCGCCAUUGCCUGAAAAUUCUGCAGGUCUCUUCGUCUGGCCGAUGGCUGCCAAGAUGGAGACCGGAGAGUUUGAGACAGAAUUUUUGAAAGAGUCGGUGGGUAGAAUAAGAAAAGAGAAGGAAAUGUUUGAUGAACAAUAUGUGAGAAAAUUUCAAGGAGAGGGAGCAUUAUCAACAAUUUUUGAGAAACUUAAGGAGUAUGGAGACAUGGGUACGAUGAGUAACAUGGACAUUUAUUACUGCACAAGUUGGUGUAAACUUGAGCUAUAUGAUGCUGAUUUCGGUUGGGGAAAGCCUGUAUGGCUUUGUAACCCUAAUUUACCCAUGAAAAACACUGCUCUUUUAAUGGAUACAAGAGAUGGUAAUGGAAUAGAAGCAUUCUUUACUCUGGAAGAAGAAGACAUGGCGUUGUUUGAAUCCAAUCAAGAACUUCUUCAAUUUGCUGAAGUCAACCCUAGGGUUUCUUUUUAAUUAUCUAAUUGUGUGGCUAUGUCUUUGUUUUGUUUAAAUUAUUGUUUUUCUCAAGUCAACCCUAAUGUUUCUUUUUAAUUAUGGCAUGUACUGGUUGUGCUUUGUUCGCAAAGUCCUUAAUAAUCAAUUUCAAUUUCAAUU